AUGUCGUGGCCGAUUUUUGCCGCUCGGAACUUGGGAGAAGCACUUCUUCCGCUAGCAAGAGCUUUGGCCUGGACUCAUUGCAUCGAUGACAACGAGGAGGCUGCGGUCGGAUUCCUGGAGAAGGUAUGGAAUGGGUCGCAGCCGCUGACGUGGCCGAUUAGGAAGGGAACCGCCACAUCGCCUCCAGAGCGACCAUUCAGCUAUGCCACGGUAGGGUUAUUGCUUUUCGACUUGGUGGACGAGCACAAGAAAGCAUUGCUACUGCCACAAAUGCAACGGAUGGGCAGUUUACUGAAUACUCCCUGGGUUGGAAUUCGGUUCAACAAGAAGGGUGCCCCCGUUUUGGCAGCGACAGUUUCGGACAUUGUCCCCGUCUACUAUCCGCCGCGGUUUCUCCUCGGAUCGAAUGCGGAGCUCACGACAAAUGACAGACGACAUUUCGGCGCUGGUUGGCUGGAAAGGCUUCUCCAAAAGCCGAAACUGGCUCCUAGGAAGAGCUAG